AUGAGGCAUUAUACAUCCCUGCCUCUUUCAACAGGGUGUCAUUCCGCACUCUUGCCUCUCUCAAUGAAGUGUCAUUCCAUAGCCCUGUCUCUAUUAACAGAGUGUCAUUCUGUACCCCUGUCUCUAUUAACGGAGUGUCAUUCUGUACCCCUGUCUAUUAACGGAGUGUCAUUCUGUACCCCUGUCUCUAUUAACGGAGUGUCAUUCUGCUCCCCUGUCUCUAUUAACGGAGUGUCAUUCUGUACCCCUGUUUCUAUUAAUGGAGUGUCAUUCAACUAUGUGGUGUCAUCUUCUCUCUACAGUGUCAUUCCCCCACCACCUCUCCCAACAAUAAUGCAUUUCCUUGCCCCCACCCAUCUUUCUCUGUUAUGUAGUCUUUCCUCCUCCCACCUCUCAUCAUCGUCUAUGCUCCCCCUUGCACUUGUCUCUCUCGACAAUGUCAGUACACCUCACGCUCCUCUCUUUCUCCCUCAUGUUAUUCCUCUCAGCCUUUUUUUCUUUCGCUUGUCGGUGUCAUUCCUCUCUUUCGCUUGUCGGUGUCAUUUCUCUCUGCCUCUUUCACUUGUCUGUCAUUCUUCUCUGUUCCAUACACUUCUCUCUUCAUUUCAUUCAACAGUUUUAUCAUUAUCAUUUUCCAACCACUCUAUCAUCAGUCUUUACCUCUCUUCUGCUUUCUUUUCUCACCCAGUUGUUUUAUAA